AUGCCGCUUCCGUUGCCUGGAAUCCCCAGAAAGCAGCUGCCUGGAGCGUUCUCUGCCCGCGUCUCUGCCAGCCCUCUGCGCCGCCGCUCUCCCGGAGGUUCAGGUCUGGUCCUGCAUCAGUCACCUUCUCCUGACCUGGGCAGUCGCCAUGGCACAGGCGCUCAGAGGCACUGUGACUGACUUCCCUGGAUUUGAUGAGCGGGCCGAUGCAGAAACUCUUCGGAAGGCCAUGAAAGGCCUGGGCACCGAUGAGGAGAGCAUCCUGACUCUGCUGACAUCCCGCAGUAAUGCUCAGCGCCAGGAGAUCGCUAUGGCUUUUAAAACUCUAUUUGGCCGGGACCUUCUGGAUGACCUGAAAUCAGAACUGACUGGAAAAUUUGAAAAAUUAAUUGUGGCUCUGAUGAAACCCUCUCGGCUUUACGAUGCCUAUGAACUGAAGCAUGCUCUUAAGGGAGCUGGGACAAAUGAAAAAGUCCUGACAGAAAUUAUUGCUUCAAGGACACCUGAAGAACUGAGAGCCAUAAAGCAAGUUUAUGAAGAAGAAUAUGGCUCGAGCCUGGAAGAUGAUGUGGUGGGGGACACUUCAGGGUACUACCAGAGGAUGUUGGUGGUCCUCCUUCAGGCUAAUAGAGACCCUGAUGCUGGAAUUGAUGAAGCACAGGUUGAACAAGAUGCUCAGGCUUUGUUUCAGGCUGGAGAACUUAAAUGGGGAACAGAUGAAGAAAAGUUUAUUACUAUCUUUGGAACACGAAGCGUGUCUCAUUUGAGAAGGGUGUUUGACAAAUACAUGACUAUAUCAGGAUUUCAAAUUGAAGAAACCAUUGACCGAGAGACUUCUGGUAAUUUGGAACAACUGCUCCUUGCUGUCGUGAAAUCCAUUCGCAGUAUACCUGCUUACCUUGCAGAAACCCUCUACUAUGCUAUGAAGGGAGCUGGGACAGAUGAUCAUACCCUCAUCAGGGUUGUGGUUUCCAGAAGUGAGAUCGAUCUGUUUAACAUUAGGAAGGAGUUCAGGAAGAAUUUUGCCACCUCUCUUUAUUCCAUGAUUAAGGGGGACACAUCUGGGGACUAUAAGAAAGCCCUCCUGCUGCUCUGUGGAGAAGAUGACUGAUGUGCGCCUGGAGAGAGACCCUGUACCGUGCCUGCCACCGUCACCACUGCCUUCCUGCAGUGCAUCUCACUGCACUUCUUGCACGCCAGAGCGUGGCACGUUGCCUUAUUCAUGCCAGCAUGCUAUGACCAAAACAUAUAUGUUGUAGAAGAAAAUAGUAGUGCUCCUUUCUGAUCUUCGCUUAAAAUCCUUCUCCUUGACUGUCGUAGUCCUGAAGUGUACUUAUGUUACUAAGACUAAAGUCUGGAUCAUUUAUAUUUUCCUUUAAGAGGUCAGACUGCUUUCAGCCUUUUUUAAAAACUUCAUUUAUAUUAAAUUGAUAACCGCAUUACCUUAACCAGAACCUUAGCCUUGAAAUUGUGAACUCCUGGAAACGUUAUUAAUCAAGUUUGCUACUAAAUUAAACCUGAAACAUUAUGGAGGUUGCAUUCAAAGGGUUAAUGAAUAAUAAACGUUUCCUUCCUCCUGAA